CUUACACCACGUAACGUGGCUAUGUCUGGAAUUUGCUUGCUUAUCACUCGGCUGUGUCGGUGUUUCUCAGUCCACUCCAGCUGAAAGUUCCAUGUCUCCGCCUGACUUUCCUAGGUCCGACCACUCCCUCCAGCGUAACAACCCGCCAUGAUACCGAUGAACCGUGAGGAUACCAAGUCGCUUGGAAACUUUUUCGAUGGAGAAGAGUACACUAGCAAAGACAACCCCGUUGUCCAGCGCACCCAAAAGGUUCGCUCCACCCAGGUGAGGUUUUGGAAGAGAAUCCAAAACGGCUUGCGCAAGCAUGAUCAGGACAAGGUCGACCGGGUCGUUCAAGACUAUAAUGCCGAGUAUAGUAUCGCUGGUUUGGAGCGUCUGGUAGAGGAAUACCUCCCGACAGCAAAAACGGCCAAAGACAAGCUUGAUGAGCGACGCCAACACGGCGAUAAGAUCAUCUCUACUCAUGUUCAGCGCUUUGCCAACACGUUCUCCGGCUUCCUAAGCUGCUACUCGCAGAUCAUGUCGAUUAUGAGCGCGGCGGAUACGCAGUUUGGCGGAGUGGCAGUCCAGGCGUUAUCGAUCCUUCUGGUGGUAGCGGUCAACAAGCAAAAGAACGAAGAUCAGAUCGAAGGGCUCUUGGCAAAAUUCAAGAAUAACUUUCCCCGUCUCCAGGGCCUCCGCAAUAUAUAUCCGACGCCAAGAAUGCAGGAACUCAUCGCAAAAGUAUACACGGAUGUUCUGACCUUUUCCCAAAUGGCAGUUGAGUACUACCAGAAGUCAGCUUUAGAACGGCUGUGGCAAGCAAUCGCCAAGCCGCCCGACAUGGGCGUGAAGAUGGCCGCGGAUGGCAUUAUGGCUGAGCUGGCAGAGGUAAAAGAGGAACGAGACUAUUUACUGAACCAGCGCGUUUAUCAUUUGGAGCAGCGUGUCGCUUCACUGACGGUGCUGGCCGAGGAUGGGCAGAAACGGACCACCGCGAUUGAGGGAAAGGUGUCGACCAUAGGAAGGGAUAUCGUCCAAAUGCAGCAGAAUGAGAGCCAAGAUCUACUGACUACUCUGCGGCAAUUUCUUGUGCCAGACGACUUCUCUCACGAAGAGCACAUGGAGGAAUACCAGUGUCAAUUGCAGGCUCGCUUCAGGUGCGGAUGUGGAAUAAACAACCUCGCAAGCAGCGAAGCAUAUCAGUUGUGGAGACAAAGCGACAAGUCCCGAACGCUAAUUUUGCGCGGCCGUACAUCACAGAUAAACUCGCCUUUAUCCUGGCUCAGCUCUGCAGCAGUCGAGCUAGUCAAUGCUCUGCGCACUGAAGGCGAUUCUGGCAUGAUUGCCUACUACUUCUGCCGACGCGAAGGCAUGGAUGAUGACCAUAUGCAUACGGCAAUUGCCCGAAUGGUCUAUCAACUCUUCAAGGCACAACCAGCUAUGCUCAAAGACCGCCGAACCUACCAAAAAUGGGUGGAUGUUCUUGAAAGUACCAAGUGGGGAAAGAAAGACAUCAAAACAGCAUGCGAACUAUUUGUCAGUGUGCUGGAUCAACUGGAUCGGGUCUAUCUCAUCUUGGAUCGACCAGAGACCUGCAAGGGUGGCGAUCCCGGACUCUCCAGGAUACUCGAAGAGUCACAACGCUCAGCGUGCAUAUUGAAAACCUUUGUUGUUGUUGAUAAGGAUACAGCUGACCGGGGUGAGGUUGAGAGCUGGAAGGAGUCUGCUCGUGCCAAAAGUUUAGAUGUCAUUGACCUUGACCAAUCAUAGUGCAAAAAGAUUGGAAUUAUCCUAUGGUUUGUUCCAUUAUUCUGGGCAAUCUUCCCUCAAAUUCAUUUGCCUUCCAGUACGACAAAAUCCUUCAAUAGGGUGCCAAUUGUCGUGAUGCGGUACAACAUCGCGCACGACAUGUUCCGGCUAGGAUGUUUCCUUCGAUAAU